CCGAGGGCUUCUCCGGACCUCUCUGCCAGCAGCAUCGACCAUUACCAUUACGGGAUCCAGAAACAUGUCGACCACACUUCUGUCCGCCUUCUACGAUAUCGACUUCUUGUGCAAGACGGAGAAAUCCCUGGCCAACCUCAAUCUGAACAGCAUGCUGGACAAGAAGGCGGUGGGGACGCCUGUGGCCGCCGCCCCCAGCUCGGGCUUCACGCCGGGCUUCCUCCGACGGCACUCGGCCAGCAACCUGCAUGCGCUUGCCCACCCUGCGCCCAGCCCCAGCAGCUGCUCGCCCAAGUUCCAGGGCGCCGCUAACGGCGGCAGCUGUGGUGGCGGCGCUGCAGCCAGCAGCCCGGCCUCCUAUGGCACCCUCAAGGAGCCAUCGGGGGGCGGCGGCACGGCCCUGCUCAACAAGGAGAACAAAUUCCGGGACCGCUCGUUCAGCGAGAACGGGGAGCGCAGCCAGCAUCUCCUGCACCUGCAGCAGCAGCAGCAGCAGCAAAAGGGCGGCGGUGGUUCCCAAAUCAACUCCACGCGCUACAAGACAGAGCUAUGCCGGCCCUUCGAGGAGAGUGGCACGUGCAAGUAUGGCGAGAAGUGCCAGUUCGCACACGGCUUUCACGAGCUGCGAAGCCUAACGCGGCACCCAAAAUACAAGACGGAGCUGUGUCGCACCUUCCACACCAUCGGCUUCUGCCCCUAUGGGCCACGCUGCCACUUCAUCCACAAUGCUGAUGAGCGGCGGCCUGCGCCAUCGGGCGGCGCCUCCGGGGACCUGCGCGCCUUCACCCCCCGCGACGCCCUCCACCUGGGUUUUGCGCCGCCCUCACGGGAGCCUCGGCCCAAACUACACCACAGCCUCAGCUUCUCUGGCUUCCCGUCGGGCCACCACCAGCCCCCAGGAGGCCUUGAGUCGCCACUGCUGCUCGACAGCCCUACGUCACGUACGCCACCACCGCCUUCCUGUUCCUCGGCCUCGUCCUGCUCUUCCUCGGCCUCAUCCUGCUCUUCGGUCUCGGCGGCCUCCACACCCUCUGGCGCCCCAGCCUGCUGCGCCUCGGCAGCGGCGGCAGCAGCUGCCGCGCUGCUGUAUGGUGCGGGGGGUGCCGAGGACCUGCUCGCAACAGGUCCCCAGUGCGCCUCCUGCUCGGCGGCCUCGUGCGCCAACAACGCCUUUGCCUUUGGUCCGGAGCUGAGCAGCCUCAUCACGCCCCUCGCCAUCCAGACCCACAGCUUCGCCGCAGUGGCCGCAGCCUACUAUCGCAGCCAGCAGCAGCAACAGCAAGGCCUGGCACCCCCUGCGCAACCCCCUGCGCCUCCCGCUGCACCCCUCCCUGCCAGCGCAGCCUCGCCGCCCUUUAGCUUCCAGCUGCCGCGCCGCCUAUCAGAGUCGCCGGUGUUCGACGCGCCCCCUAGCCCCCCGGACUCGCUGUCGGACCGCGACAGCUACCUGAGCGGCUCCCUGAGCUCAGGCAGUCUCAGCGGUUCUGAAUCCCCCAGCCUCGACCCCGGCCGGCGCCUGCCCAUCUUCAGCCGCCUCUCCAUCUCCGACGACUGAGGCAAGAGGGCGCUAGUGAGGAGGAAGGAGAGCAAGGCCUCUCUAGGGGUGCUUGAGGGCGCCCCUCGGUCACUUCUCCCCUGCUG